UUUUGGUCUAUGGUCUUGAAUGGACGAAGGGGGUUUGAAUUAACAUUUUCUGCCAGGUUUGGGUAAAUCUUCAUGAUUUAGAGACGGAAGAAUAAUAUACAGAGUUAAAAGGUUGGUUAUGGUUAUAUGUACGUCGAAUAAUUACAUGUUUUUAGUAUGCUACUUAAGGUUGUGUAUCUCAAACUUUUGGUGAUCAGCCUCAUAAAAAUUCUGGUGCUAAGACAUGACCAUUUGUUUCUCUGUCUGUAGUGAAAAGCAUCCAGCCCAACGAAAAUUUGGGGAAAAGUUGGAGCCGGGCAAAGAGACCAAAAUGAACAUUGACGUCAAUGGGAAACUUAGUGGUGGUCUAUCUCCAGUUGAGAGAAUUCAAUCCCAGCGCGUUUAUAAUAAUAUAGUAUCCUCUCAAAUGUGGGUCGGUGGCAGUUGUGGGCUAAUAACCUCAAUAGUAUCAAACUGCAAUGGAAGAUAACGUUCUGUUCGGUGAACAUUAUAAUACGCAUUUUGAUCCUGAUGUAUAUGUUAAAUCUUUUUUUACUGUUUUGGAAGAUACUGUUGAGGGUGGAUUAGCAGCCUUUAUAUUAAAAGGUCUACAGGAUGUUUUUAAAUCAGGUGAUGUUAAGGGCACACGACUACUUGACAUUGGAACUGGUCCUAUUCCACAUUCAGUUAUUCCUGCAGUUCCGUUUGUUCAAGAUAUAUACCUAACAGACUUCUCAACGGUUAAUAGAAAAUAUCUACAAGAUGCUUUGUUUGGAUCUGGUAAACAAGACUAUGAAAAUGUAUAUGAUUUUUUUGCAAAUCUGGGCGAUAAAAGUGAAUCGUGGAGAAAACGUUCUGACGAUUUGAAAGCCAAAGUUUGUGGUAUAUUUCCGUGUGAUCUGUUGCAAGAUGAUAUUUUUGGCGGGUCGUCCUUCCCCUUGUUUGACGUCAUCACAUCAAGUCUCUGUAUCGAGGCUGCUGCUCCAGAUGUAGAAACGUAUGGAAAUAUUGCCAAAAAAAUAUCAAAAUAUCUUAAAGUUGGUGGGCAUUUGGUUAUCGUGGGGGUGCUGGGCCAAAAUUAUUAUAUUGUUGGAGAACACAAAUUCUUUUCUGUGUCUAUUAGUGAACAUGAAUUGAAAUCAUGUUGGGAACAGGCUGGUUGUACUAUACAGGGUUGGAAUCAUCUAAAAGGAUCAGAAGAAACUGAAUACGCUGAUUUGGGUUCUGUUUUUGUUAUGGAUUGUGUUAAAAAAUCGUAAUUGGAGACUGUAAUCAUUUUCUAAUUUUACGCUGCCUUCACGGUUGCGUUUUCUCUUAAAUUUAAAGGGACCUAAUAUAUUUGCUAUUUUGCAAUCUGAUUAAAAUACAGAUUUAUAUUUCGUUUCGGUUUUUUUUUAUAUACUUUCGAUGGCCUACACUACAUGAAGAUCUGACAAGUUGUGUCAGUGGUCGUACGAGCGGCUUUUGAUCCUAAUCCAUCAGCGUUGAAGUUUCUAGUGGUUUACCCACAGUCCCGUUCAUGGCACGACAAGGAGUCGCCGUAACAGACUGUUUCAUUGGCUUAUCCCUCACUUUAACCAAAACGCCGGUAAUAUAACAACUCUUCCAGAUCCUAGUGUAGUAAAGACAAGUAAUUUUGAACUAUAAAAAACGAAACGAAAUGGGAUCUGUGUUUUAAUCAGAUUGGCUUUUUUGGUGUGUUUCUCAAUUGCAAAUAAAAUUCAAAACUUAAAUGAAA